UUAGCUAAUUUCGCGUACGUUUCUUUCAAUGAAUGCAUUUUCUCAUCAGUUAAAUUGGUAUAUUAAUUAAGUAGUAUGUGUGUGUAUAAAUGCAGUGCGACUGAUUUAGUGUAAAAAAAAGGAAAAAAAUAGUUGCCUACUUUUACAUGUUUUACUUACUUGUACAUACUAGGAUAUAAUUUAUAUACAAUUUUUUUUUUGUUUACCUACGAGUCUAAAAGUACAAAACGCCAUGAGUGAAAGUACAGAAUUAACCGGAGCUUUAUCUCAAGAAAAUGUAGCCAAAGCCGAAAAAUUCAAAGAACAGGCAAACGAAUGCUUCAAAAAUCAGGAUUACAACAAAGCUAUCGAACUCUACUGCAAAGCAAUUGAGAUUGAUCCGACUGUAGCAGUCUACUAUGGAAAUAGAAGUUUUGCCUAUUUGAAAAUUGAAUGUUUUGGAUAUGCUUUAGAAGAUGCAUCAAAAUCCAUUGAAUUAGAUAGAAAUUACGUAAAGGGUUAUUAUCGGCGAGCGGCAGCUUUUAUGUCACUGGGAAAAUUUAAACAAGCUCUAAAAGAUUACGAGACAGUUACAAAAGCUAAGCCCAAUGAUAAGGAUGCAAAAACAAAAUACACGGAAUGCAAUAAAAUUGUCAAAAAACUCGCAUUUGAAAAGGCAAUUUCGGUGGAGGAGAACAAACGAAAUAUUGCCGAUACAAUUAAUUUAGAUGCAAUGGCUAUCGAAGACGAAUAUACAGGACCAAAAUUAGAGGACGAUAAAAUAACGCUGAAAUUCAUGGAGGAAUUACUCGACUACUAUAGAAAUCAAUGUAAACUUCAUCGAAAAUAUGCGUAUAAAAUUCUUCUCGAUAUAAAAACACUAUUCGUGUCACAGCCGAGCUUAGUUGACAUUACAAUUCCUGACGAUAAUAAGUUUACAAUUUGUGGAGAUAUUCAUGGUCAAUUUUAUGACUUGCUUCAUAUUUUUGAACUCAAUGGUCUACCGUCAGAAACAAAUCCAUAUUUAUUUAAUGGAGACUUUGUUGAUCGAGGUUCCUUCUCAGUUGAGUGUAUUUUCACACUAUUUGGAUUCAAACUUUUAUUCCCUAAUCACUUUUUCAUGUCGAGAGGUAAUCACGAGUCAGCGACGAUGAAUCAAAUGUAUGGCUUCGAUGGUGAAGUGAAAUCAAAGUACAGCGCUCAAAUGGCUGAAUUAUUUACAGAAGUCUACAAUUGGUUGCCCUUGGCGCACUGUCUCAAUAAUAAAGUUCUUGUCAUGCACGGUGGACUCUUUUCGAGGGACGACGUAACUUUAAAAGAAAUACGAGAAAUUGAUAGGAAUAGACAACCGCCCGAUGAGGGAUUAAUGUGUGAAUUAUUGUGGUCGGAUCCACAGCCACAAGAGGGAAGAGCGCCUAGCAAAAGGGGAGUUGGUGUUCAAUUUGGACCAGACGUUACGAGUAAAUUCCUUCAAACAAAUAAACUCGAAUACAUCGUGAGGAGUCACGAAGUUAAACAAGACGGCUACGAAGUUGGCCACAAUGGAAAAUGCAUAACUGUAUUUUCUGCUCCAAAUUAUUGCGAUACAAUGGGGAACCUUGGUGCCUUCAUCAAACUCAACGGCAAAGAUAUGAAACCGAAAUUCACAUCAUACGAAGCAGUCCCACAUCCGAACGUGAGGCCGAUGGCGUACGCAAAUUCUCUACUAAAGUUUAUGUAGUAGCAAAUAGAGAAGUUUAGGAACAUGAUUGUUAAUUAAAGAGAAAAACAUAACAAAAAGAAAACAGGUAGCCCAAUCAAAGUGUGUGCAAAAAAUAUACACAAUGCUGAUCCAGAAAUGAUAAAAAGAAAAUGACUCUUUGCAUUAAAAUUAAUUUAUAUGCGAAAUAAAAGAAGAGUACAAGAAAUAAAAUUCAAAUUUCCAGUGAAAAUUUACGAAAAAACAAAUUCCACUGAUUGUGAAAUCAUAAUAAAAUCGGUAUUUUGUAAAUCUUUAUGAACAUUUUAGUACCAAUUUGAUAAUGUCCAGUAUCCAGAAAAAAAAGAAUAGAGCUUUCUGCUAAUUUAGUAAUUCGACACUUAUCGAUCGUUUGGAAAGAGUAAUGACAAGAAUCAAUUAUAUCUUAAUGAAAAAAAAACUUUUUUUGUUCGUAGAUUUUGCUUUGCUCUUUUAAAAAAAACGAUCAAAGGUCGACAGAGAUUGAGUUGAUAAUUAAAAAAAAAUUGUAAUAGAAAACUUAAUUAAUAGCAUGAGCAAGUAGCGUAAUUUUAUACAAAUUUCUUGUUUUUUUUAUUUGUUAAUGAAUAAAUAAAUUUAUAAUGUAAUCAA